AUGGGUGCGAAAUUUCCAUGCGAUGCCCAUCACAUAUUCCUUCCAUACCCAACAAGUCUACCCGUCGAUAUGAAGCUGGGCAAGAACGAGCUCUGGAAAUUGGAUCUUAUAGAAUGCAAGUUUUUCAAAGCGACUCCCAGACUACAGUCUACGAAAAAGCUUUUGAAUGCUAAAAACAAUAAUAAGCUCAUGAAGAAGCUACCCAGGACGAGGGAGGAAGCAUUUGCUCAGAUUAACGAAAUCAAGCGUGAAUUAUUGAAGAAGAAAUUUCAUGGAUCGUUUGUUAAGCUUCAUCGUGAAGCAUCUAAAAAGAUGAAAGCAGACCUGCGAUCUUGGAAGAAAGAAUCGCACGGCUCGUUAAUAGCUUUGUAUGAAUCGCCCGAAAAGGUGAACCAUAUGAUCGAGGCUAAGCUUGUCAAGUGCCUAAUAUCUGCUGUCCUAACUACGAAAGACUUAAGAGCGUCUCCUCCAGAGUGGGUUUAUGAAGAGUUGAAGGACAUGGUCGUGAAGAAAAGCAAUCCUAGUAACCCAUCGAGAUUCUUCAUCGACCACUGUAAGAAUGACAAGGUGGUCAAUCUGUAUAUAUCCAAAAUGUGGAACAUGAAAGACAUAAAGAGACUCACACAAGAGAUUGAAUGGUCGUUUAAGAAGGUCAGAGGUGAGUUGACAGUGGAUGAGAAGAAGGCUAGAGCGGCUGUCACCGGUAAGAAGGUGGGUGCACAAAGUGACAUUGAGAGCGAUAGUGAAGAGAGUGAAGAUGAUGGUGACUCAGAUUCAGACAGUGAAUCUGGUCACCUGAGUUUUGGAAGUGAGGAUGUCAAUAUGGAAGACAACAACGAAGGUGAAGAAAUUGAUGCUGAGGAAGCCUUUGAAAAGUUUGCCGGUUUUGAUGGCAUGGUUGCUGACUCUGAUGACGAAGAUACUUUCCAUCCUGAUCCAAACGUUGAUUAUAAUGAGAUUACAGAUGAGGAGGGCACAGAAGGUGAAGAUAGUGAAAAUGAAGAUCCUUUCUUAGAUGACCCCCUGGACGAAGAGGAAAUAAAUGACGAGAUUGAGAAGAAGGAGAAGGUUGAGAAGAGAGAAAGGAAGGAUAAGAAAGAGAAGAAGGAUAAGAAGGACAAGAAGGACAAGAAAGAAAAACUCAAAUUGCCAGCAUUGGCCUCUGGCUAUUUCUCUGGAGGAUCAGAUGACGAAGAGGAUGUUGAUAAUGAUAAGAUUGUGAAGGAGGUCACAACCACCAGAAAAAACAGGAGAGGACAGCGUGCGAGACAGAAGAUCUGGGAGCAGAAGUAUGGUUCCAAGGCGAAACACGUCCAGAAGGAGAAGCAAAGAAUUCUUAGUGAGAGGCAACAAAAACAACUAGAGUUUGAGGAGAGGCAACGAAAGAGGGAAAUGAAGGCGAAGCUUGCUCGGGAAGCAGCACAAGAGAACAGCAAACCACCUGAGGACCAGACUAAAAAGCCAUCUGCUGCAGCUCAAAAAAUGCACCCUUCUUGGGAAGCAAAGAAAUUGGCAGAAGAAAAGAUGAAGAGUGUGAAAUUUACAGGAAAGAAGAUCACAUUCGAUUAA